CUUCCGGUUACCCCAGUGUUGUUCAUAAUCGACUUCUAUAGUAACCAACAAUGAUAAGAGCGAGGUAACUCGAAACAUUUAAGUGGUGAGAGAGCUGCUGGAUUUAAAGUCUGCAGAGGAUUUCUUUUUUUACCAGAAUAACUGUACUUUCAAGAUGGUGAUUUCUGUAUGACCGCUGAACCAUGACGACUAUUGUCCAGCGAGCUCAAAUUGCUCCUCCAAUAGUAGAAUAUAAUGAUGUGGAGGAUCUUCUGGCCACUGAUGACCUGUUUAUUGAUUACUUCAAUGACUUCCUCGCUCUACCAAGCUUUCCAGAGCCAUUGUUCUUCAACAAGGAGACUGGAGGGUUUGAAGUGCUCAAUGAAGCAAAACACGAAUUAUCCAAGCAGAUCAAAGCAGCAAUCCGGUCUCAGAAACGAACACCAAAGAUAUACAAGGCAGCAAAGUACCACAGUUUCAGUGACAUUCCACUCAUCCCUGUAGAUCCACCUCCUGAACCAGAGAAAGUCGAGAUUGACACGACCUUCACUGUCUUGACACUGAACAAGGAGCAGGGCAUCCACUGGAUCAAAGAUGAGCGUCUACCUUCCUUUCUGGAGAGCGACCUGUAUUUCGAGUAUCGCCUCGGAAAGAUCAUCUCACAGUGUCGCAUCACUGGAGACAAUGGGGAGUUCAUUGCCAUGAAAAUAGAUUACACACCACGGCCUCGCAGAAACCGAGACAAGUCUGAUGAUGAAGACGGGCCAGAUCCCAGGGAAGCCCUGAUGAAAAGCCUCUUCGUGUCACUGGGUUCUUCCACCGUGUCAGAAUGUCAGUCUUGGUUCAACACUGCAGAAACUUUCCAGUCAACCAAUGUGACGUACACAACCCUGAACCAUCCCCGAAUGACUUCCACUCGUCCAGGUAGCAGCAAAUUCAUUCCACUUCGACCCGACAGUGGCAUCGAAAGCCCUCCAAAGGGAGCACUGUGUGGAACGUCGUACCCUAGCAGUUUGUCUCCUCGGUUGAUGGCCCUGCAGCAGACGGCCAAAGAUCAAGGAUCAUCCGGUAUGAUGUUUAAUGUUGACCUGAAGCCUGCAACACCAAGACCUUCUGAAGCUGUGUGCAUGACCACCAGCGAUAUAGACCAACAGUCAAAGAAAUACUCUAGUGCUUUCUAUACUUGUACAAAACUAGAAAACACCGAUUCAGAGUCCGGUCUGGGAGACAUGGUUGGGGAGAGAGAUGAUGAUGUUGCAACUGAUCGAGAUUCACUAGCAGACGAAGUAACAGAUCAGCAGUCAUCGGACACAACCGAGCGGCAGUCACCAGAGACGGGAGAACAGAACUUUUAUCCUCAGAAACCAAAAAAACCUCUUGCUGUCAACACACUUGAUGAACUCGGGGCAGUGCUUGCUGGUGCUAUUAUAAAACACUGCCUAGCCGAGGUGUCGGGCAUUAAAGAAACGGACUUGUCCCAAUACUCCAAACUGUUCCCCAAGAAGAAGUUUACCAAUGUUACCAUGGAUAUGUUCGGCAAUGUUUCCAUCGCAACAGCGAGCACGAGGUUCCGCAAAGAUGAGGAGGUGGUGGGUGCUAAGGCUGAUGCUGCCAACGAGGAGGUGGAGAAGAUCCAGGACAAGCAGGACAAGAAGGACAAGCAAGACAAGCAGGACACUGAGGAUAAGGAGGAGAGUGAUGUGGACUCUCUACUGGACAGCGAGGAGGACUAUGAGGAGCAGGACACGUUCUUCAGGAAACACAAGUACAAAACGUACGACCUGUCCAACAAGAAAGGGAUUGACCAGUUCAAGAAGUUCCUCCGCGGCACCAAGGGAGAGCUGUACUGGAACAUGUGGGUGGACAUCGACCGCAGCCGCCUGAUUAGGAAAGACGAGGAUAUUCAGCUCUACUUGUCUUACAUGAGAGAACACUACUAUCAGUCCGGAGCUCCGUUUGAGCUGCCAGGAGAGUUGAAGGUCAAACUCAGAUUGAUGGAGCCGGCUCAGUGGACCAUCAGAAAGAUGCAGUCCAUACAGGAUGGAAUAGGAGAGCCUCUCGUCUUGUAUUGGGGUCCAAGGUUUCUUCUGAAGCAGCUGAUGCGAACCGAUCCCGACAAGUAUUACCUUUAUCACCAGCAGCAGCUGCACAAGAUGAGAGACGUGGUCAGCAUGGACACGCUCACUACAACCCCCAGGCUGCCCCUCCGACCCAAGUCCUGCCGGCCUCGGAUAGAACACACAACUGUGGUCGUCACAGAGGUUUUCCCUUCAACUUGGCAUGAGCCAAACAUCUGUGAGUUGAAAACAUCACCUCCAGUUGGCAUGAAGCGAGGCUAUGGUUCCGUCCAAAACAGAGAUACAGGCACUAAGCAGGCGAGAAUAAAGAAGAAACCCAAAGAUUUCUUACAUUCUAGAGACAUAUCGGCACCUGAUAAGAUAGACGGAUCUCCCGAACAAACUGCAGAAUCAGCAAGGUAUUCAGCUGGCAAAUCAGGAUCUAACCAGUCACUAACUCGACCACUCUCAGCCCAGUCGAAUCAGUCCAAGAUGUCCGUAGGCAGCAACCGGUCCCAGAGGUCUAGUGCCAUGUUGGGCAGACCCAUGACAGCACCGGCGUCGACAGAACGUGGCAAAUCAUCGCGGCGUCAUUCGUCUGCAUCAGGAUACAGCAUCGAGUCCAAGUCAUCGGAGUUCCUGGGCGGAGAGCGCAUGGAGGCACUGCUGCAGUCACUGCACCAUGAGAAGGAUUCUGGGAGCUUCUUUAAGAGAUUUAUAGAGAGAGCAGAUAACAAGCUGUGGCGUAAUGCCUUUAAGUUCUGGAACGAGGUGCAGGAAUAUCAUAUGCUGUUCUACUCCAAGAUUAUCUACCCAUAUCUUGUGGAGAAAAAGGCACGGAGCAUAUACUCCAGGUAUGUUGUCGCCGGGGCGCCGCGAGGUAUCGGCUGUUGCAGGAUAAUGAGCAAUAACAUAUACAAAUGUAUCGAUCCACCGUAUGAGGAACUGUUUGAUUCCGCAGAAGAGCUGUCCUUGGAAAUUUUGUAUAAAGCUUGGCUUGAGCACCUUCAGAAAGAUACCAAGAUUUACAAUAAGGUGCAAUUAAUUGAAGUGAAACGCCAUCUGGAAACCAAAUCUAAAUAUGUGCUCAACUUGCAAAAACGUGGCAUUAUCAAACAGCCUAUCUUGGCCCUCGAAGACCCAAUGGAGGGCUACAAGGACCCUGUGUAUGACGAGAGUCUGUUUGAGAAGAUCCCCGAAGAGUUCCGGGACAUGACUCUCGAGCAGUUGGUGCACAAUCGCAUCGAGCUCGAACACUUCCGCCAGUUCCUCAUCGACAACUACGCAAGCAUGGAUCUGUUGUGCUGGAUGGACAUAGAAGCCUGGCGACGUAUCUCACCCAAAGAUGAGAGGAAGUGUGACCAGAAGGCCAAGGAAAUCCGCAUCAAGUACCUCAAUAAGAAAUACUUCUUUGGACCUAACAGUCCAGCUGGAAAGGAAGGCCAGGAUAAGGUGAUGGAGGCUGGAGGGGGCUGGGGCAAGCUGCUGGAGGACAAACCUCAGUCCGCUGUGAUCCUUGAAGUCCAGAAGUAUGUGCGCGAUCGACUCGUUAAAAAAUGGCUGCCCCUUUUCCUGGCAACUCCAGAGUUUGAGGCCCGGCAACACCCACCGAUAAACAUGGACGAAGUUGUUGAUGACGUCUUGGUGCAGAAACGUAGGCGUUCUCAAGCUGUGUGGAAGGACUCCACAGAAAUAGCAAAGUUAAAACAAAGAGCUACCAGUAAAACCCUCAACAUCUUUAUGCGGAGCUCCAUGGCUAUAGCAAAGUUUAAGCAAAGAGCGUCCAGUAAAUUCAUCAGCCAGUUUAUGGAUAGCUGGGCAGAACUAGAAAAAUCAAAGCACAGCACCACUGAAAUAGAAAGGUUAAAAGAUGGAACCUGCAGCCUCCUGGUGGAGAGUCGGUGGAUGUCAUCGUCAGGUGAGAUCCUCACAUUCCGCAAGGCCUUGGUGAACCCGAUGACCUGCAUUCAGUUCCGUCGCUACGUGUCGCUCCAGGGAGACCUGCUCGAGAACGAUGUCUUGUUCUGGCUUGAAGUUCAGAAGUAUAAGGAGCUGAACCACCUGCACAGUGACGAUGGGUUAAUAAUGCAGAAGAUCAACGUCAUCAUCAACUGUUUCAUCGACUCCAACAUCCCGCCCGCUAUACAGGUGGACAUCCCACACGAGAUGGCCGACAGGAUCCUGGAAAAGAAAUAUGAAAAGGGGCCGUAUCUUUUCAGGGAAGCUCAGCUAACUGUUUUCCGUGUUUUAUUGACUCACUGGUCAGCAUUUUGUAAAUUCCGGGCCAAUUUGACCGAUGAGAAAGUCCUAUCAACCCUGGAGAGAAAACACAGACAGGCAAAAGCAAGAGAGAAAAAGAGACUGGAGAUGAGUAGUAUAAGAUCUGUGUCUAGAUCUAAAAAGCAACUAUCAAGAAAGAAGGAUAGUAAGACGGAGGAAUUGAUGAGUUUCCAGGAAUUGGAUCAGUCUUUCCAUGAUCCUUUCAAGACGGAGAGCAUGGAUGAGUAUGAACUUGAUCAUGACAGAGAUAAAAUAUCUUUCUCGUACUCCAAAUACUUGAAUGCUCUUGAUCGUGAAGAUGUCUUAAACAACGUUGAUGACAGCAUCUUCAGUUCACUAACUGAUUCUGAUUCUGCCCGAGAGAAGCUGGAAAAUAUACAGCAUUUCACUUCAGGAAGGUCAUCAGCAUCAUCUCAUGUCAAAAUAUCCCAGAAGUUUCAAGAAAAAAGGUACUCAAUCCCAGAAGUGCAGUUACAUGACACUGGAAUCAAGGAACAAAUAGAGGCUCAGAAAUCAAAAUCACAUACCACAAUAUCCACCAUCAACGAGACACCCGAGGAAACAUCUUCUUUUCAGAAGAUAAAGAUGGACUUGUAUCACCCAGGCAGCAAAGUCAAACUCAUUGAUCCUAAGGGCAAUGUUACGGUCAAACUCAGCAGACAGAUGCCUCCAUUGAUGAAAAAGAAAUCAGCAUAACAGUGACAUAUACAUAGGAUAUUAUUCUGUAAAAAUUUGUAUUUUGAAACAGUGGAAGUAAGAAAAAACAGUGACAUCUUCAUUUCUAAGGGAGGUUACUCUUUAAAACAACUUGCAUCAUAAAAUACUGAAACUGAACAGAAACAGUGUCUUCGAUAUUUAUUGGGGAGGCUAUCCUCUAGAAAAAUAUAUUAUGAAAGAGUGGAAUUGUUAAGUUAAAUUUUAUUUAAAGAUAUUGCAGUUUUUGCCAUGUAUAUCUAUCCCAUCAUUAUUAUUGAAGUACGAGUCCUCAUAACAUCUUCAUUAUGUAUAUAUUUACUGUUAAUAUUCAUAUUUGUUUAGUUGUGUUGCAUCUUUCUUCGAGUCCAAAUUAAACUGUCAUUUAUUAACAGGUACGUAUGUUUUCAGGUAUAAAUUAUGUCAUUAAUAUCAUUUUUAUUUAUUUAUUUUAAAAUAAUAUAUUUAUUUUGCAGCAUUAAUUAAAGUAUAUUAAAAGUAAGUAAUAAAACUUGUAGGAUUAUCUUACUUUCGUUUGAUCAUUCUCUCAUGAAAACAAGUCCUAGUUAUAUCUCUUGUAUACGGGAUGGUCAGUGGAAAUAAAUAGUGCUUUUUUGUU